AUGAAUAAAUUAAUUAACAUUCUCGAAACGAAGUAGUAAAUUGAAAGUGAAGUGAAUACUCUAAAUAAGUAAGUAGUAGAGUAGUUGAGAGUUUGCGACAGAGACAAAGACAGGUAGAGAUAGAAAUAUCAUCAAAGAUCACACACUUUGUUUGUUUAACAGGUCGGUGUGAGAGUCACGAGAAGCAAGCACGAAGAAGAAAAAGGGAAAGUAAGUUCACAAGAGUCACACACACAUACACAAAAACACAAGAGUGAAAGGAAUGGAGAAGAGUGGUUCAUGUUCUUCGAAGACAGUUGAAGUUCUAGAUGGUUCUAAUAUUAUGGAGUUAGUUGGAAACAAAGAUGUAUUCAACAAUUAUGUGAACCAUAAGUUUCAAGAGUUAGAUAAAGAUAAAGAUGGUAAACUAUCUGUAAAAGAACUUCAACCUGCUGUUUCUGAUAUUGGUGCUGCUCUUGGUUUACCUUCUAAAGGCACUAAUCCUGAUUCUGAUCACAUCUAUUCUCAGGUGUUGAAUGAAUUCACACAUGGAAAGCAAGAAAAAGUGAGCAAGACUGAGUUCAAAGAGGUUCUCUCAGACAUUCUAUUGGGCAUGGCUGCUGGACUCAAACGAGACCCGAUUGUCAUACUUCGCAUUGAUGGCGAAGAUCUUUUCGAGUUUCUUAAUGGUUCAACUUAUGAACCAGAAAUCGUAUCUAUAUUCUCUCAAAUUGAAUCACCUCAUAAAUCAUUUCACGACUAUAUAAUUCAAGCUCUCAGCAAACUCAAUGUUGACCAAGGGAUUCCACCUACAUCUGAUUCUUGGGUUGUUAGCAACAUUGUGGAACCAGCACUGGUUUCUGAACAUGGGUAUGAUUUGGAUAAACCUGUUUCGCAAGAGAUCUUUUUGGAGGAAUUCAAGAAAGUGGCAUUGAGUGUCGCUAAUCGUCUUAAGGAGCAACCUGUUAUAGUCGCUCAUAGCGAAAGUACCUUUGAUGGAAGCGGUGUUAAGAGACUAUUAUCCAACAAGUUUGAAUUAGACAAGAUAUUGAACUCGGCUAUAGAGACUUUACCUAAAGAUCGAAAUGGAAAAAUGUCAAAGGAUUACCUAAGAGUGGCGCUUGACGUGGUGGCUCCAUCUGCUGCUUUACCUCCAUUUGGAGCAAUUGAAGAGAUGGAUAAGGUUAUUGGUGAAGUGUUUAAGAUGGUGAGUGCAGAUGAUGCAAAGUUGGUGAAAGAAGAUGAGUUCAAGAAAAUACUAACUGAAAUAUUGGGGAGUAUCAUGUUGCAGUUGGAAGGAAAUCCCAUAUCAGUUUCUUCAAAUUCUGUAGUGCAUGAGCCUCUAGGCUCAUCUUCUACACUUCUGCAGCCAUCCCCUGCUGAAACAGCAUAAGUCAUAGCUGUGUAAAAAAUCUAAGUAUGUAUAUGAAUGAUGAUGGAUAAAAUUAAGAACCAUAAUUAUUAUAAUAAAACAUUUAUUUGUGUAAA